CUGGCUCAGUUCUCCAGAAAAUGAAAUUGAAAAAAAAAAAAAAAAGAAGCUUAAGAUGGGUCCCACCCCAUCAGGGACAGUGAUACAGUCUGACUCUGACUGCACCAAUACUUGCUUCUUCACAUUGCCACGUGAGAGUUUAUCACUCUCCUCCAUCAUUUUUUGUUUUUUGCUUCUCUGCUAUACAUUUCCCACUUUUUAUUUGCUAAAGCAAGCUCAGCAAACUGUUCUUCUCUCUUUCUUUCGAGCUAGAAAAUUCUAAAUUUCCAGUUUUUAGCAUAUUAUUUGAGAAAACAAAAAUACGCAGAAAGGAAUCAGGGAAAGAAUCCAAUGCCCAGAGACUUCCACUGUUCUUGGUUCUCCUAUUUGCUUGUUUUUGUAUGCUAUUUUGGAGUUGCUUUGGCCGGUGACCCUUAUGUGUUCUAUGAUUGGACGGUCUCAUACCUCACUGCCUCUCCACUUGGAGUUAAACAGCAGGUGAUUGGGAUCAAUAGACAGUUUCCGGGACCAAUUCUAAAUAUCACUACAAACUGGAAUGUUGUUGUCAAUGUCAAGAAUGACCUGGAUGAGGCGCUGCUUCUUACAUGGGAUGGAAUACAGCACCGGAAGGACUCUUGGCAAGAUGGUGUGUCGGGGACUAAUUGUCCGAUUCCUGCUGGUUGGAACUGGACAUAUGAAUUCCAAGUGAAAGAUCAGAUUGGAAGUUUCUUUUAUUUCCCUUCCCUAAACUUCCAAAGAGCUGCAGGUGGAUACGGGGGAAUCACGAUUAACAACAGAGAUGUUAUUCCAGUACCUUUUCUAUUGCCGGAUGGAGAUAUUACAAUCUUUAUCAGUGACUGGUAUACAAAGAGUCAUAAGGAACUAAGGAAAGAAGUUGAAGAUGGAAAAGACCUUGGAGUUCCUGAUGGUAUCCUAAUAAAUGGAUUGGGUCCCUUUCGUUUUGACCAGGCACUUAUUCCAGAUGGCAUUUCAUUCCUCACAAUGAAUGUUGAACCAGGAAAAACAUACCGUCUCCGGGUUCACAAUGUUGGCAUCUCAACUAGUUUGAAUUUCAGAAUACAGAAUCAUAACCUACUUCUUGUUGAGACUGAGGGAUCAUACACAGUUCAGCAAAACUACUCAAACAUGGAUAUUCAUGUGGGUCAGUCAUAUUCAUUCUUGGUAACAAUGGAUCAAAAUGCCAGCAGUGACUACUACAUUGUUGCCAGUCCUCGUUUUGUCAAUUCAUCUUCUUGGGCAAGAGCUACUGGAGUUGCCAUCUUGCACUACUCUAAUUCUCAGGGGCCCGCUGUAGGUCCUCUCCCUGAUCCUCCUAAUGAUUUCGACACAUAUUUCUCAAUGAAUCAAGCAAGAUCCAUAAGAUGGAAUGUCUCUGCUGGUGCUGCUCGUCCAAACCCGCAAGGAUCAUUUAGAUAUGGGGAAAUUACUGUCACAGAUGUGUAUGUUAUUCUCAAUAGACCUCCUGAGCUUAUAAAUGGAAAAUGGCGUACCACGCUUAAUGGUAUUUCAUACUUACCACCUUCAACACCUCUAAAGCUUGCCCAACAAUUUAACAUUCCCGGGGUCUACAAGCUUGAUUUCCCUACUAAGCUAAUGGACAGACCUGCAAAAGUCGAUGCAUCUUUAAUUAAUGGUACUUUCAAAGGUUUCAUGGAAAUCAUCUUUCAAAACAAUGACACAACUGUUCAGAACUACCAUUUGGAUGGCUACGCAUUUUUUGUUGUAGGUAUGGAUUUUGGAGUGUGGACUGAAAAUAGUAGAGGCAUUUACAACAAAUGGGAUGGUGUUGCUCGCUGCACCAUACAGGUCUUUCCUGGAGCUUGGACAGCAAUUUUGGUUUCUCUUGACAAUUCUGGCAUUUGGAAUCUUCGUGCGGAAAAUUUGAAUUCAUGGUAUCUAGGCCAGGAAGUUUAUAUCAGCGUUGUAAAUCCUGAGCUCGACAAAAAUGAGCUUCCUCUCCCUGAAAAUGCCAUAUAUUGUGGCUUACUUUCAUCUCUACAGAAAGACCAGGCACUGAGAGUCAAAUUUUCUGGUGCACCAUCCUUAUCUUCCAGCACAAGUAUAACAAUAUUGAUCAUGCUGAUCUUGAUAUAUGGAACUUUCAAUUGGUAAUCGAGUUGGAAAGAAUGACAAUGCAGUCUUAUGAUCUAGUUCACGGAACAAAACAGGGAUUACACGCAAGUAUAGUCCAUUGAUGUGGGAUUCCAUUUACAUGAUGCAAAAAAGAAAUCACUGAGUAGGACGAGCUCAGAAAAUCUUUGGUGGAAUGAAAACCAACCUGAAUCCUUCUAUUUGUAGCAUAUAACAGCAUUUAUUACUGUAAUUCCCAGUAUGUAUUAUUAUAAUUUUUAAAACUGCACUUUGUGUUUUGAAAGAUCUGUAUAGAACUGGAAGAGGGGUGUAGCUGAUAGCAUUGCAAACAUUGUAAUUGGAGGGGAAAAAUUAUCAACCAAAAUGGAACAAACCAACUGGGAAAAAAAUUGUCAAUCGGGCACCUUGAAAAUAGAUAUUCAAUGCCUAAUUUUGGUUUGGUUGCUUUC